GCUGGAAUGAAUGCUUAUGGCACCAGAAGACACCUGUACGAUGCCAAGGCACACAUUCUGCCACCAAUGGACCAUUCAACCAUCAGUCUUCAGAUGGGGACCAACAAGGGUGCUAGCCAGGCUGGUAUGACCGCUCCAGGGACCCGCCGUGCCAUCUACGACCAGAAACUAGGCACAGAUAAGUGUGACAACUCCACAAUGUCUCUUUCAGAUGGGCUACACUCAAGGUGCCAACCAGAGCGGGCAGAAUUUCGGGCUUGGCCGUCAGAUCUAUGAUGCCAAAUAUUGCCCCCAAGGUGCACCCAGUGCAGGUGAAGAAGCUGAGACUGGCUACACGGAUUACCAAGACGAGGGAUACCAGGGUUAUCAGGAUGAUGGUCAAGAUUACUGAGUCAACCAGUCGCAGGUUAGGAGUCUGAAUGAGAAGCUAAAGGAAAGCUGAUACUUCCUUGCCAACAGAAGACCCAAAACAUUCCAUUAUACCACAGUAAUGUGCCAUCUGUCGGAUGAAAGUGACCAACAUGAAAAUAUCACUUAGUUUUAACUAUCGAGUUAUUUUCAUAAACAUUUUUAAUUUGAAGCGAGAGCCCUGUAAA